AUGGCGAAUGCCACGGCGAUCUCCAAAGUAACCAAGAACAGCCUGAUCGUGGCCUCCUGGGACCCGAUGCUCCACUUGAACGAGCAGCCUACGCCAUCUUGUCUGACGAGGGUGACGCGGGACAUCGCGGAGAUCAAGGCCGACCCGCUGCCAGGGAUCUUCAUCUUUCCCGAAGAGAGCGACCUCACCAGGAUCCACGCCAUCGUGGUGGGACCCGAGGGAACCCCGUACGAGGGCGGGUUCUUCCACUUCUUCAUGAAGUGUCCCCCGAACUACCCGGUUGUUCCACCACGUGUGCGCAUCAUGACCACGGACGCCGGUAGAGUGCGCUUCAACCCGAACCUCUACGCGUGCGGAAAGGUGUGUCUCAGCAUUCUCGGCACUUGGCCAGGACCCGCGUGGAGCCCAGUCCAGAACAUCGGCACCGUCCUCAUCUCCAUACAGUCGCUUAUGAACAAGGAGCCCUUCUACAACGAGCCGGGUAUGCCGACCAUGCCGGUCUUAUCCACAAGGUACAGCGACAGAGUGCGGCACGACACCGUCAGGGUGGCCAUAUGCGACGCCGUGGAGGCGUGUCUUCAGGAUCAACCACCCUACCCGCAGUACCUGGUCGACGCGGUCCUGAAGACGUUCGCAGACUCGUACGACAAGUACGAAGGGAUGGUCAAAGCCCAGGUCCAACUCAACAGUUCCUGGCGGCUGUCGCAGAUGCUAGGCUUGAGAGCUUCGUACGAGUACGAGCCGUUGCUGGCGCGGCUACGACAACUCGGUCAGCGUGUCAAGGAGAAGAUGGCAGAGGAUGGCGCUGCUGAAGCAGACGAGCAAUGA